AUGGUCCAUUUUAAACCCUACCUGAUCUAUCUGACUCUUUUCAUGACCUGCCUCUCCAGCUAUCAAGAAACAGAGACCCAUUCUGACUUCAAGUUGCCUGGAGAUCAUAUCAUUGCAGGAUUGUUUCCCAUCCACUCUGUUAACGAUGAAGUGAGACUCAGACCUGAGGUGACCCUGUGUGGGAGGUCUGAGACAUUCAAUGGCCAUGGAUACCACCUCUUCCAGGCCAUGAGGUUUGGCAUAGAAGAGAUUAACAACUCUAGUUCUCUCCUUCCCAAUAUCACUCUGGGCUAUGAACUCUAUGAUGUAUGUUCAAAGUCUUCUAAUGUGUAUGCCACCCUGAGCAUUCUUUCCCAGCCCAGAGGAAACCAUAUCAAGAUUCCAGAAAACUUCAACUAUUACCCCAAAGCAGUGGCAGUGAUUGGGCCAGACAGCACUGAACUGACCUCCAUUUCUGCAUCCCUUCUGAGCUCAUUCUUGGUCCCCCAGAUCAGCUAUGAGGCCACCAGUAUGAUGUUCAGUGAGAAGCAGAAGUACCCCUCAUUUCUGCGCACAAUCCCCAGUGACAGGCACCAGGUUCAGACGAUCCUGAUGCUGCUGAAGAAGUUUGGGUGGUCUUGGAUCUCAGUGAUUGGCAGUGAGAAUGACUAUGGCUUACAGGGAGUGAAGCUACUGGAGGACUUGGCCAAUCAGCAGGAGAUCUGCAUUGCCUAUAAGGAUUUUGUGCCCAUUUUAGCUCAAGGGGCUGAUAAUACAAUGCAGAACAUGAUGGUGGACAUCAACAAGUCUGGUGCAGAGGUGGUGGUCGUCUUCUGCAAUAAAAGGCUGGCCCGUGUCUUCUUUGAGGCGGUGGUGCUGGGGAACGUGACUGACAAAGUGUGGCUAGCCACAGAAGACUGGUCCAUCUCCAGUUACAUCACACAGGUGCCUGGCAUUUCAAGAAUUGGGACAGUGAUUGGGGUAGCUAUCAAACAGAGACAGGUGCUCGGAAUGAAAGAAUUUGAAGAGGCCUACGCCCAGGCUAAGAACACCUCAGAGGCAUCAGGUGGCCCUGCUCAAGAUGGGGGUGAUUACACUUGCAAUCAGCAUCAGGCUCUCACAGCAAAUGCCAAUACUGAGCUGAGUCAGUUUUCCAUGAAUGCUGCCUACAAUGUAUAUGCUGCUGUGUAUGCAGUGGCCCAUGGGUUGCACCAGCUCCUGGACUGCCCCUCAGGAGUCUGCACGCCAGGCAGGAUCUACCCAUGGCAGCUGCUGAUGGAGAUCCGAAAGGUGAAUUUCACGCUUCAAGGAAACCCUGUAUCCUUCGAUGAAGAUGGAGAUCCAGUCAGUGGAUAUGAUAUUAUUACAUGGGACUGGAAUGGCCCAAACUGGACCUUCAAAGUCAUUGGCACUUCCACAUGGCCCCCAAUUUGUUUGGAAAUAGAUGAGACCAAAAUCCACUGGCAUAAAGAGAAAAAUCAGGUGCCUCGGUCAGUGUGCUCCCAGGAUUGCCUCCCAGGAGAGGCCCGGAGGAUAGUGGGACUGCACCACUGCUGCUUCGAAUGUGUCCUCUGUGCAGCUGGGACCUUCCUCAACAGCAGCGACCAGUACACUUGCCAGCCUUGUCAGAAAGAAGAAUGGUCCCCAGAGGGCAGUCAGACCUGUUUCAACCGCACCACUGAAUUCCUGGCCUGGGACCAUCCAGUUUCCUUGGUGCUCUUGGGGGCUAAUACAUUGCUGCUCCUCUUGUUGACAGGGGUGGCCAUCCUGUUUGCCCAAAAUCUAGAGACUCCUGUGGUGAGAUCAGCUGGGGGCAGGAUGUGCUUCCUCAUGCUGGGAUCAUUGGCAGGUGCUGGCUGCAGCCCCUAUUGCUUCCUUGGGGAACCAACACUACUCACUUGCCUGCUGCGCCAGUCUCUUUUUGCCCUGUGCUUUGCUGUCUUCCUCUCUUGCUUAACCAUCCGCUCCUUCCAGCUGGUCUUCAUCUUCAAGUUGUCAGCCAAGAUGCCCGCUCUCUACCAUACCUGGGUGCAUAACCAUGGGGCCAGGACCUUUGUGGCAAUCAGCUCCACUAUCCAGCUUCUCAUAUGUAGUGUGUGGCUUGUGGCAUGGACCCCACUGCCCAUCAAGGAGUAUAAGCGGUUCCCAGAGCUGGUGGUGUUGGAAUGUUCCAAGGAGAACUCUCCAGGUUAUAUGCUGAGCAUCCUCUACACUUGGCUACUCUCAGUCAGCUGUUUUGCCUGCACCUACCUGGGCAAGGAUCUGCCAGAGAAUUACAAUGAGGCCAAAUGUAUGACCUUCAGCUUACUGUUCUACUUCAUUUCUUGGAUUGGCCUUGCCACUUCUUCCAGCAUCUACAAUGGCAAAUACAUGCCAGCCAUCAACAUGUUGGUCAUCUUGAGCAGCCUCAGUGGCGUUUUCAGCGGCUACUUCCUCCCCAAGUGCUAUGUCAUCCUCUGCCGGCCAGACCUCAACACCACUGAAUACUUCCAGGCCUCUAUCCAAGACUACACCCAGAGAUGCAGCUCCCCCUAA